ACUUAUGAAAUCGCUUUUACUCUUGCUAAUUUUUGUACUCUAUUACUUUUUAUUAUUCAUCUCAAUCGCCUUUCCUUUAUGUUAAUAGGGAUGGUUUAAGUAUUAGUUUCCCACUGAAUUUUAGGUUAUAAGAUUACUUCUUCGUAUGCUCUUAAAUCCAAACCGAGCUGAACGUCUACUAAGGCUUUGAAUUGAUUAGACUAAAGUGGCUUAGUAAUUUGAUCGUAUUUUCUUUUUUCUCGAGUUUUCUUAUGGGGGUAAACCUAUAAUAGAACAGAUAGAUAUAAAAUCAUUAGGCCUAACAAGCAACACCACUGAAAUGUCUUCCUACAUACCCAGUUUCCCACUGCUACGAAAACCAUGAUUCUGAUGAAAGUUUAUGAGGAGAUUAAGGACACCAUUGAAAAACUAUUGUACUUUAAACAGGGUUCUAGGUUUUGUUUAGUUCAAAAAUCCUACAUUACGCUAGAUUCUGACUAUAAUACGUAGUUCUUUGUACGGAGUAGUUGAUACAGAAUAUAGCGUGAGUGAGUGCUGAUCUAUGGAGUAUCAGAUAAGAAUUGUGUUGCUGAGUGCAUAUUCAUGGCAGCCGCCGCAGCACAAUUCGGGCAUUGUACAUGCUCACAAUGGAUAAAACUUCUGGCUAUUUAGAAAUUACAUCAGUAAAAUAGGGACUGUGAUCCAGUUUACAACAAAAAUAGACUUCCUUCAAAUCACCAGCUAGAUCAGUGAAAAGGAACACUAGAGAAGUAUCAGACUAUCAGUGAUUCAGUGCCUUUGAGCCGGGCUACAGAAUUCAUAUGAUAAUAAAACAUAGAUUUUGUUCCUGAUAUUAUCGGAAACAUUGUCAGUCUUCACAUACUCAUAAGUCAUAUUCAACACCCUCUUUAGUUUUACAUAUUGCCAUAAAGCAAGGAUCGGACUCUAGGAAUUUCUUUGAUUAUUUGUAGGGGUAUUCGAGGAUUUCCAUGACAAACCUAAGACUAUAGGUUGAGUUUGGAAUGGAAACAGUUUCAAGCAACUAGGACAUGUUUUUUGAAUACUCCCUCCGUAUUUAUUUAAGGGAUACACUUGCCUUUUCCGACCGUAUUUAUUUAAGAGAUACACUUGCCAUUUUUAGUAACUUAUCAACCCCACCAUUUAAUUAAAUAAUACAUCUAAUUUACCCUAUGAACCCCAUCAUAUUAAAAAAAAAAUCAUAAACCCACCUCACCUCCCACCCCCCAAAAUGACAUGGUCCCAACUUGUUUACUUAUUAAAAUAUCUACCCAACCUUACUUGCUUUAUUAAUUUAUUUCAUUCAAUUCUUCUUCUUAAUACCCGUGCCUGGCCAAGUGUAUCCCUUAAAUAAAUACGGAGGGAGUAUUUAUUAAUCACCUAUCUGCAUCGUAUGAGGUUUUUUUUAUUGCCGUAUCAUAUGAGGUAUUUAUCGCCAUAACGUUAAAAUGACGCUCGCCCAGUCCGGCCCGACCCAACAUGAAAAAAGCACGACACACGCACAAAGUCUUGAGCUGUUAGAUGGGCUUUGGCCCAUUUCUUUUGGAAAAAUAUGACAAGACAAGACCUAACAUGACAAAGCACGUUAAAUCGUGUCAAAUUAAGCCAAGGCAUGAAAGGCACGGUCCGACACGUGGACUUGGACUGUGGAUAGGCUGCCUUUUUGAAAUUUUCUGCUCGACACAACCCGACACAAAACAGUUGGGUUUAGCAUGGACGAAUCCCAUCCAGGCAUGAAGUACGACCCAUGACAGUCUUUACCAUAACGUAUGAGGUUUUUUUUAUUGUCAUAUCGUAUGAGGUUUCGAGUAACUAGGACGGCCACUCUUUUUCUUUUUUAACCAACACAAAUCGGUGGAUAACUCACUUUGUAACUUGUCACAGUGUCAAGCCUCAUCAGAGUCAUAGUGACUCAAGCAUUGACCUUUAUAGCUGGAUUGACUACUUAAAAUAGGUGCCAAUAACCCGGUUCAAUAUGUGUCAUUUUUCUUAUCAACUUUUUUUUUCCCCUAAAAAAACGAAAAUACUCCGUAAAACUAGGCGAGUUGAUGCUGAUGUCUGUAUGUGUGUAUAUAAUAUGGGGUAAAAAAAAAGUCAACGGGUGGGUGACACAAUCAAAAUCACACCCUUCUUAUUGCUGAAUUUCUUUGUUUCUUCACCCAUCUAAAUCUAGAUUAGUACCACAGAUAAACAUGUCUUCUUACACAAACACAGACACAAACACAGCUGAAUCUGAGUGGAAGUACUCAGAAUCAGAAAUUGCUCAUGAAUUCCUGUUUUUCAAUGUCCUCAAAGAUGGUCGUGUCCAUGUCUUACCUCCUCCUAGUCUUGAUGAGAAUGUCCUCCCUUCCUUUGGCUCCACCGUCGGUGUUUCAAUAAAAGACGUCGAAAUAACACCCGACGUCUCAGCCCGAAUCUUACUUCCUUCAUCCACCACUGCACAGAAACUCCCUGUUGUAUUCUACAUCCAUGGCGGUGGCUUUUGUAUGAGAUCCGCCUUUUCCGAGAAUUACACACGCUUCUGUUCCAACAUCGCCACCGAAGCUAACGCCAUUGUUGUCUCGGUUGAAUACGGCCUCUUCCCUGCACGCCCGAUUCCCGCAUGUUAUGACGAUUCCUGGGCCGCGCUCCAGUGGUUGGCGUCUCACGGUAACGGGUCUGGACCUGAACCGUGGAUCAACGAUCACGCUGAUCUUCACCGGAUCUUCGUUGGCGGGGAUUCUGCAGGAGGGAAUAUCUCCCAUACUUUAUUAGCUAAGGUAGGGUCUAUGGGACUUCCUGGGGAAGCAAACAUUGAAGGGAUGAUAUUAGUCCAUCCUUAUUUUGGGGAAGAUGAUAAGAUGUGGAUGUAUAUGUGCCCUACAAAUGAAGGGCCUACAGAUCCAAGGAUGAAGCCUGCUGUAGAGGAUCUAGCUAGGAUCGGGUGUGACAGGGUGUUGGUGUUUUUAGGUGAGAUUGAUGGGUUGUACGGUGUAGGGAAGAUGUACACAGAUGAGUUGAUCAAGAGUGGUUGGAAAGGGACGGUUGAGAUUGUGGUAAACAAAGAAAAGGAUCAUUGCUUUCAUCUUCCUGAUUAUACGGAUCUUGAGGCUGUUGCUAUUCGGCGACUGAUCGCUUCCUUUAUCAAUAAUCAAGGUUAAGGUGAUCUUAUGAUAUUGAAUACAGUUAUGGAGAUUGUGUUUGACUCAGAGCUUGCACUUUGCUGGGUAUAGGAUAGAGGGUUUCGUUAUUCGUGUUUCUAUUGUUCAGUGUAUGUAAUUCUAUGUUUAUGGAAAUUGAGAUGAUGAGUUAGAUGUAUAUUCGGCUUUACUGAUGAUAAACACUGCAAGUUUAACAUUUCUAAUAAUGUAACCAACUGCAGAUUUGGUUAUGAUAACGAUUAAUGAGUCUUCUUCAUCUUCCAAUUACGUUUCCCAAGAUUAUUAUUGUGCUUGCUUAAUUUAUUCACUGUACAUGUAAUUCUUAAGCCUUUAACUACUAUAAACUCAUGGUUAUGCGCUUUUGCAUUCCGUUCGUAUCCGAGUUGUCUGCAGCAGGAUUGAAUACAUGAAGAGAAAGUUACUGUUGAAAUAACAGUUUAAUGGUCAGAAAAAUGCAGCUGCAGUAGAACUGAAGGUGGUAUUGUGAAGAUGCUAGUAAAUUUACCUAGUGGUUUGCUAUAAGUUCCCCUCUUUCACUCAGGAAUCAAGAUCGGCUUAUUCUUCACCUUCCAAAGAGGCAGAGGGAAGGCGGGGGGAUACUUGCUCUAAUUUGGAAACUGGGUUUGAGAUCUUUUCCAUGUUUGUUAAGGUACAAGGUUGGUGAUAAAAUACCAUUGCAGCUUCCAAUGAGCUUGAAUGGGGAAAUUUCGAAAAAUUGUGCAUUUUCAUGGAAGUAAAAAUCAGUUGGUAUCACUGCAAUUAACUACUAUGUCAUUGAUCAGGCAUUCAGGCAGAUAGCUCAGAUUCAAUUUGUCAUCUUGCAGAAAUGUGUCCGUUCCAUUCCAAUUCAAUCAGAUUCUGCAUUUCCAGCUAACCGUUACCCGCUACUAUUCACCGCUACUCGCUACUUUAACCGCUACCCGCUACUCAACCGCUAACCGCUACCCGCUACCGCUAAUUUUGCCGAACAGGGCCUUAGUGGUUUGCUAUAAGUUCUCUUCUUUCAUUCAGGAAUCAGGAUCUGCUUAUUCUUCACCUUCCACAGAGCAAAGAAAAGGCGAGGGGAUAUUUGCUCUAAUUUGGAAACUGAGUUCGAGUUCGUUCCAUAAAAAUCAAUGGCGGAAGAUAGCCUUUUCCAUCAUCAUGGUUUGUCAAGUCUGCAGGAGGGCUCCCCGGGGACGCAACCAUCGAAGGGAUGAUAUUAAUCCACCCUUAUUUUGGGGAAGAUGAUAAGAUGUGGAUGUAUAUGUGCCCUACAAAUGAAGGACCUGCUGAUCGUAGAAUGAAACCUGCUG